CUUACUUUAAUUGACACCUUUAAACACUUAUUUUUUUUCUCUUUAAAAGAUGGAUAUGGAUGUUGAAGCAAUGCUGGAUGCUCCUUUCCAGGAAAAUAAAACUGCACCUGUAGAGCCUGAACGCCAUCAUGAAGUUGUUGUAAAAGACGAUCGCCACCGAGAAGAAAGAAGAUCUAGACGGUCAUCACGUUCACCUUCUCGAUCACACGGAUCCCGCUCUAGACAUAGCAGACGCCAUCGCAGCCGUUCGCGUGAGUACCGUCGUUCAGGUUCGCGAUCUACUAGCAGAGAUAGACGUAGAAGGCCAUCCAGAGAACGUAGAAGACGUAGUCCUAGUCCACGUAUGCCACCAAGUCGUGGUUUUGACAGAAAUCAACGUAGAAGAGGACGUGCCAGAUCUCCUUCACCUCCACUGCCAGAAGAAGAAAGAGAUAGACGUACAGUGUUUGUGACACAAUUGGCACAACGUCUUAAAUCUCGAGAACUUGAAGAUUUUUUCACACAGGCAGGUCGGGUUCGUGAUGCAAAGAUCAUUUUCGAUCGACAUUCUGGACGAUCAAAAGGAGUUGGGUAUGUCGAAUUUUAUGACGAGGACUCGGUUCAAAGUGCAUUGGCAAUGUCAGGCCAAAAACUUUUAGGUAUUCCAGUCGUUGUCCAACUUACAGAAGCUGAAAAGAACCGUCUUGCUAUGCAAGCAGCAAAGAACGCUCAGAUGGCCGCACAAGAUCAAGAAUUGUUUUAUCAACGUCUGUAUGUGGGAUCGAUUCAUUUUAGCCUCACUGAAGAUGAUAUUCGCCAGAUAUUCGAACCCUUUGGUCCCCUUGAUUUCGUUAAUCUCCACAAAGACCCUGAAACUGGCAAGUCAAAAGGUUAUGCUUUUAUUCAAUACAAAAAUGCCGAAGAUUCAAAACAAGCCCUUGAAAAGAUGAAUGGCUUUGAAUUGGCUGGAAGAAAUUUGAAAGUAGGAUUGGUGACUGAAAAGACAUCCGUGAUGAGCUCCAGUCUAGACGACGAUGCUGGUCUCGCGCUCAAUUCGCUAUCACGUACAGAGUUGAUGAAGAAACUGGCUGCUCGUCAGACAGAUUUGAUGGAAGAACUUGAACCCUCGACUCCUUUUAUGCCACCAAAGCCUAUUAUUCCAGUUAGUGCAUCUCGUACAGUAAUGUUGAACAAUAUGUUCAACCCUUCAGAAGAGAGUGAGCCAGAUUGGAUGCAGGAUUUAGAAACUGAUGUAAAAGAUGAAUGCUUGCACUUUGGGCAGGUUACCCACAUCCAUGUUAAUGAAGACUCUUUGGGAGAGAUCUUUGUAAAGUUUGGUACAGUUGAUGCUGCCGAGAGAGCUGUAAAGGCACUCAAUGGUAGAUGGUUUGGAGGAAGACAGAUCACGGCUGCAUUUGUCUCAGAGGCUAUCUAUAAUGCCAAAUUUUCGCUCUAAAAAAUAUGAAAAAAUGAAAGAUGUGAAUUACUAGGAAACUCUAUUCACGUGAAAUUCGACCAGAAAGCAAAAGCAAGAGCAAAAACAGAAGAAGAAGAAGAAGAAGAAGAAGAAGAAGAAGAAAAACACCAAAAACACUAAAAAGAUCAAAAAGGACAUCUCACGCUCACCAUUACUGACAACAUACAACCUCUCUUACAUCACAUCUCACCGGAAAUAUCUUCCUUUCCCACAAACACACAAACACACAAACACAACCUCCUUGGUCAACAAAAAUGAAAGAGAAAGAGGAAAAAAAAUAACAAGAAACGCUAGCUGGUGAAACUUGCGCAAUGAAAGAGAGAAUAUGCUGAUAAACGCUUCAUUCUUUCUCAACAUAGGUUUACAAGUUGCGAUAAUAAAAACUCUACCCCUCACUACACUCC